AUGCAUUCCUCAUUCAAUUUCUUAACUAAUUUAUUAACAAUCGUCUGCUUCAUAUCUUAUGGUACCGGAAACUAUGUAUCUGCAUCAGCUGGACCUGAAGCUUCUCAUCCUAUCAGGGGAAUUCGUAGUCGUGAUACACGAAGCUUGAGGGCUAGAGCUCCGGAAAUUUCUCAAGAAAAUUCUUAUCUAUUCUUAACAAGAAGUUUGAAUAAACGUCAAGGAAAACUCGGUGCAGGAGCUGGAGGAGCCGCAGGAGGUGGAGGAGCCGGUCGUGGGGAUGCAAUCAUCAAGGGAGCUGUUGAUAGGAUUUCAGCAGGAUUGGCCACGACGAUUGCCAAGUUUUCAGCUCUCAAAGAUGCUAAUUUGGAGUUACCUACUGCAGCUGAGAUUUCAGAAGCGAUGUCUAAGGCGGCUGAAAGUGUAGAUUCAAGUCAAUUCUCUCAAGCCUUGCGCGCUUAUAAAACUGGUAUCGAUGGGCUUCUAGACCGAAAACUUGCUGAAGGUGGAAAGUCUGGAGGAACUGGACCCAUCACUGACCAUGAGUUUGAAAUUAGGACAAGUAGCAAGAACAAACGACAGAUGAGGGGCGGUGGCGGUCGUGGUUCGCCUUCAGCUGCAACCGCUUCAACCGGUACAGCCACGCCUUCGCCUUCGAGUGCUACUCCAUCUUCUGGAGCCGCAGGAGCCGCAAGUUCUCCACCCAUGUCAAAAGAUAUGUUAGAUGGAAUUGCCGCUGCUUUCUUAGCUUUGGUCACCAAAUUCGUAGAUGCAAAGUCAGGAGGUGGAAGAUUACCUACUGGAGAAGAUAUUUCUCAAACAUUACAAGACGUUAUCAAGACUAGUGAUAUUAAAAAUAGGAUGGAAACUGCUUUAGCUGCUAAGACUGCCUUGGAGGGAUUGGCAGAUAAAAUGAAGACAGCUAAGUGA